GGCGGAACCUUUUUACCAGCCCCUUGUUUCCGGGAGGACAUUUAAGCAGAGACUCCGGUCCGUCGCAGGAAGCAGUCCCCCGGUGUCCUUGGGAAGCUCACUGCACCGCCAUGGGUUGGCUGCCAGACGAGGCUCGGCGUUUGCCGCCCCCGAACCUGGUGAACAGGAACUCACUGUGGUGCGGCUUCUUGGGUUACCUGACCGCCAUUACCCACAAUGCCAUCCGCCGCUUCCCUGCGGUAAGGACAGGUGUGCACCGUCAGUUGCUUCUUACCAGUAUUGGAGUUUACGUUGGCUACUUUCUAACUAAAAACGAGAAUUACCAGAAUGCAAAGCGAGAUCGUGACCUGUAUGAAUACAUGAGACAACACCCAGAAGAUUUCAAGAAGCCAGAACCUAAAACUAUGGCUGAACUACUGGAACCUUGGGUUCCCAUACGUUAGAUGUUCUUGGCAGUCCAACCCAUCAGCAUACUGUUGGAAGACUUUUUUUUUUUUUUUUUUGGAAAUUACAUUUUUCC